CCCACUUCCACCUACAUUUGAAACUCUCACUUCCUCUGUGUCAUUUUGUGAUAUACUUUAACCUACUGUCUCCUCUGAGUCCUCACUCUGGUGACAGGGUGUUUCCUGCAUUGCUGAAUCUCCUUGAACUGAAUCGCCCCCAUACGACACCCAGUUCACCAUGUCCAGGAAGGUUGUGAGGACCAGUAAAUUUCGUCACGUCUUCGGUCAGGCUGUGAAAGCUGACCAAUGCUACGAUGACAUCCGCAUCUCCCAGAUGACAUGGGACAGCAACUUCUGCACCGUUAACCCCAAGUUCGUGGCCAUGAUUGUGGAGGCCAGUGGUGGAGGAGCCUUCAUAGUCCUGCCUCUGAAUAAGACAGGGCGUAUCGAUAUGUCCUACCCCAACGUGUGUGGCCACACAGGUCCAGUCCUGGACAUUGAGUUUUGUCCACACAACGACAACAUCAUUGCCAGUGGCUCUGAGGACUGCAGUGUGAUGAUCUGGGAGAUCCCUGACGGUGGGCUCAUCACACCCCUCACAGAUCCUGUGGUCAAACUAGAGGGCCAUUCCAAACGUGUUGGCAUCUUGAGCUGGCACCCCACCGCUCACAACGUCCUGAUGAGCGCAGGUUGUGACAACGUGGUAAUCCUGUGGAAUGUGGCCCGGGGUGAGGCAGUGGUGAGGAUCGACAGCGUACACACCGAUCUCAUCUACAGCGCCUGCUGGAAUAGAGACGGCUCCAAGAUUCUCACCUCCUGCAAGGACAAGACCCUGCGAAUUCUGGAUCCACGUAAAGGCACCGUCCUUGUCGAGAAGGAGAAACCUCAUGAGGGUUCCAGGCCUGUCAGGGCAGUGUUCAUGUCUGAUGGGAAGAUCCUCAGUACUGGCUUCAGUCGUAUGAGUGAGCGACAGGUGGCCCUGUGGGACCCAAAUAACUUCGGAGAGCCGCUGACCUUGCAGGAACUGGACACUGGUAGCGGCGUCCUCCUGCCAUUUUACGACCCAGACACCGGCGUCGUCUACCUGUGCGGCAAGGGGGACAGCAGUAUCCGUUACUUUGAGGUGACAGAUGAAGCCCCUUACGUCCAUUUCCUCUCCAUGUACAGCAGCAAAGAGAGCCAGAAGGGGAUGGGGUACAUGCCCAAGAGGGGCCUAGAAGUCAACAAAUGUGAAAUUGCCAGGUUCUACAAACUUCACGAGAGGAAAUGUGAACCUAUUGUCAUGACGGUGCCUCGCAAGUCUGAUCUGUUCCAGGAGGAUCUAUACCCAAACACCAUCGGCCCUGAGCCUUCAGUGGAAGCAGAUGAGUGGUUCGAAGGCAAAAAUGGCCAGCCCAUUCUGAUCUCUCUAAAGGACGGGUUUGUAGCAACCACCAAAGCCAAGGAGUUCAAAGUUCACAAAAGUCUCCUGAAGACUACAACUGCCUCUGCGGGGAAUCAACACGACAACAGCGGGGAUGUUCAGUCCCUGAAGAAGGAGGUGCAGGAUCUCAAAGCUGAGAUAGAGGCCUUGACCAAACGUGUGAAAGAGCUGGAGAGCAAGCAUUAAACAAAAAGAGGCUUAACAAACCAGAAAAAUAAACCAAGAACAGAAGUCUAUAGAGAAAAAGUGGAGCAAGGGCAGACAGUGAGAGGCUGAUGUAACUUCUAAUAGCUGUGAAACAAAGGGAGAGAUUAAGACAAUAGGUAUUAUGAAACUUCUUUUUUUGGGGGGGGGCUUGAAUUUCCUUAUUUGGUUUGUCUGAUCAAGUUUUAAUAUAUGCUAUUCGUUUGAAAUAAAGUCUUCUGUAUUUUCAAAAUA